UUGUUUACCUAAUUUAGCUGUUUAAUUGUGUUCUUAAUUUGUCUACUGAAUCAAUUAGCAAUGAGUUACUGGCGUGAAGUUGGUUUGACUUAUCUUAAAUUCAGUAACAUCGCUGCUGCUACUGUUAGAAAAUCUGUAAAAGCAGAUAAACGAGGUGAUUUUGCCUCAAGAGCUCAAAGCUUUAUUAAAAAUAUUACUAAAAAAUCUUAAAAUGUAGAAUAUUACAUCAAUUAAUGUUUCUUACUCUCCUCAACAUUUAUUAUUUAGUGUUUUUUAGUUUUGCCCAACCUUAAAACCAUCCAUUUAAAAUGAGUGUUAAAGUCAACAAUUUGCUCUUCCAAUUUGUGACUGGAUCAAUAGGAAAUGGAUUAAUCUGUAUAGCUGAUGAAUCAACCAAGCGAAUUGGAUUAGAGUUGUUCAAAAACUUUAUAUCGAAUUCUCCAAACUUAGGAGGACAUCUUUUGCUUCUAGACAACCCUGUUAAUUGUUUCAAUCUAGAUCCAUCUACCAAAAUAAAGAUCCAUCAAUGCCUUGGGACCUCUAUUGAUUAUCCUGAUGAAUUGGAAAUGAUUCAAUCCAUUCCAUCUGGUCGAGAAUUAUUUAUAGACACACUUACACCCUUUUUUAUCCUCCAUUCAGAUCAAUUUCCUGGGAUGAUUCUCGAGUUGAAAAAAAAGUUUUCUCGAAUCGUUGCAUUAGUUUCCCUGGAAUCUCUCUCUUUUAAUGGUCUGCCCAUAAUCAAAGAUUUAGCUGACUGUUUUAUCAACGUAAUGCCAAACAAUACUAAUUUUCAAGCAAUAGUGAACUACAAGAAACCAAGCAGUCGCUUAGGAUAUAAUCUAAUCAGAGUCAAGGAAACUUUCUCUAUCGUAAAUGGAAAAUUUUCUUAUAUUAAAAAUUGCGAAUCACGAAAAAAAGAAUCCGAGGAACAAACAAUUGAAGAUUUGCCUUUCAAUUUGAGAUCAGCCGAUGAAGAUAAUCUUGUGCAACGGACAAAUAACUCACUCAACAUAAAAUCCAACGAAGGAGGUAAAGUUUAUUACGAGCCUGGUAAAGAAGAUGAUGUCGACGAGGAAGACCCAGAUGAAGAUCUUUUAAUUUAAUUUACCAAAUUAACUCUUUUUGUUCACCUACUAUUAACCCUUUCCUUCUUAUUUUUUCUGUUGGGGAGCAGAGAAUAAAAUUAAAGAUUAAAACAUAUUGA